AACGCCAUCGGGGACGGGGAAAUAAUCGGGUUUUUAUGAAGCGGUCUGGCACCGUCCCUGCACAUGCGCACUACCUUUGUUUAGUUUCCAAUCUGAUCAGCUGUAGCAAUGCACAAGCUCAAAUCCUCCCAGAAAGAAAAGGUCAAGCAGUUUAUUUCCUUCACCCAAACGGGCGAGAAAACCGCAAUAUACUGUCUUGCUCAAAAUGACUGGAAACUCGAACUCGCCUCAGACAACUUCUUCCAAAAUCCCGAUUUAUACUACAGAGAACAGAGGCCGUCAGUCGACAAGAAAAAGCUAGAACACCUAUAUAACAGAUAUAAAGAUGCUAGUGAACCAAAUAAAAUCCUCGUCGAUGGGGUUAUGCGCCUUUUGGAUGACCUCGAUCUCUCGCCAGAUUCCCGCCUUGUUCUCAUCUUGGCAUGGAAGUUACGAGCUGCAACACAGUGCGAAUUCACUCGGGAUGAGUUUAUGAAUGGACUCACAGAGUUAGGAUGCGAUAGCAUAGAACUCAAAGCAAUUCCAGCUUCGUCGCUGGAACAUGAACUAAGAGACACAGCAAAGUUUAAGGAUUUCUACCAAUUCACAUUCACACUAUGGCACGGUUCCAGGGCAGAAAGGAACAUGGCCCUAGAGCUAAAGGGCAUUUACUGGAGAAAUAACGAGUUCGAUCUUACUCAGAGCGUUAAGUACAAUCGUUUGUUCCACUUAUUCUUCCCGGUUAAUCAUGCUCCUCUCUCCCCCCCGCAGGAACAUCACAAACGCUCCAUACCAAAGGAUACUUGGAACCUUCUACUGGACUUUGCAUUGAUGAUUAACGAGGACAUGUCAAACUAUGACGAGGAAGGAGCAUGGCCCGUGCUAAUUGAUGAUUUUGUUGAGUACGCAAGACCAAUCGUGACGGGACAGCCAACUCAAGUCUAGGGGACUAUCCUCUCCUUUCCUCGUCCUCCCGUUCCACCACCACAAUCACGACCACCGCCAGCGCCACCAGUCCCUCCACCUCCACUUACACUCCAAUAUCAUGGACACCAUCACCACUCCCCUCUGUCACAGCUGUGACUCAAUCUGAUCAUCAGUGUUAUGAAAAGAAAAAUCACUUCUGUCAGCAUAAAUCUGGUACAUGAUGUCAAAAGGAAAAAAAUAUAUAUACAUACCUGUAUAUUUGGAUGUGCAUGCAGAUGCAGUUUUUUAAAAAAUGGUAAGAUCAAGUUGGCUGUUGCAAGAAUCAGAAAGCACAGGGGUUUUUGCGACCCAGAGAAGUUCCAUGUCUCCAGAGCGGAUUGUUCUUAAGUUCACCAUCACAGGAUCCUUACUAUAUAAACAAACAAGACAUUGUUAUGCAGUGUUAGUUCUUAAACUUUACUGUUUUCUUUAUGUCAACAGUACUGUUGCAGAUUUCCCCCUCUUCCCUUGACUUCUAUGGAAGCAUGCAAGUGCACUGGACUUGCAAUGUUAUGAAAAUUUUUAGUUCUUGCAUUUCUUUUGAUUUUGUUAACCUUGUCAUUAGGAUCAGUCUGUUUAAAGGUAUUUUCUUUAAUUUUCUUUGUUUAGGGGUGCACAUAGAUGUUGGUCUAUUGUCAUCAUAACUUGAGUAAUAUUUUUAUAUGUACCUGAAAGUGAAUGUUCAGUACCUUUUAUUGUGAUAUAGCAUGUUAUUCAUCCCCUCACUGGACGAUAUAUACAGAAAUUGUUGCUAUAGAAUGCAUCAUGUAAUGGGUCUAUUACUUUGAUUUCCUUUUUAUAAACAACUUGAAGGUUAUUAUAAGGUAUACCCAGUGAUGACUGUAUUUUGUUAUUAUUAUGCAUAUAAUUAUUAUUAUUAUUAUUAUUUUAGCUGAUUUAUUUAUUUUGUAGUAGCUAUUCUAUGUUGAGUUCACAAUUUCCAGGUUAAUGUCAAGUCAAUACUCCACAACAUAUGAGCUCAGUGCAUUGUUAUUUGCUUCCCCUGUGUUCUUUACCUCCCAGCCUGUGUGCAGUUGAUCUAACAGGUUAAUACUGACUGUUCUGUAAUACUUUCUACACUUGUAAAUAAAAAAAAUUUUGAUUACUUGAA